AUGUAUUCAUUUAUUUUCGGAUGCCCCCCUAGGACGUUUCCCCCUUUUUGUCUUUCCGCGGGGCCAAUCACCGCGAAGGGAUUAGAUGCUCUUUGGGCGUGUGGCACCACAAGAUCUUUGUCAUUGAACUUGAAAAAGUGA